UGGUGAGGUUUUUAAAGAUAAACCUGAGUUUGUGGACCUUAAUGAUAUUGCCUGGGCUGCUCAGAGUCAGGACUGAGGCAGCCAGACUUCACUGGAAGACUCUGUGCCAACACCAACUGCAACAGAUACAGGACGGAGCCAGGAUUACAGCUGACAUUACACCCAGGCUGGAGGGCCAUUGGAUCUCGACAGGGUGUGAAGUGCGCGCUGGGCCUGAAUUCAUCACUAGAUCCUACAUGUUCCACCCGAACGGGACAUUUAAGGCCUAUCAGUUCUAUUACACCGACCAUCAGUGCACAAGACCCGGCUACACCCUGGUGAUCAAAGGCAGGAUCCGACUGCUCCAGGACUCCUGGGUGACCCACGGAGCCACCAAUGCCGAUUACCAGCUGCACCAAGUGACCAUGACCUUCCACAGUGAGCAAGCAAUGGCAGCCAUCUUAGACAAGAUGAACAGCUCAUGCAGUUGCUCAGACUGUUUUGGGAGAGCCUGGUCACUACAAACAACCUAUGAGAUCCUGAAUGCCAGAAGUGGCUGGGACUGCACGGCUGGUCUUGGGUUUGCUAUGCACGAGCUGAGCCUGGUGCGGGUGGAGAAGCAGGUCCACCGGCAGCUGAUCAAGAAGCUCUUCGUGGGAGACAUUCACACCGGCUGGGCUCAGAGAACCCAUCAUCGGCCCAUUGGCUACCAGCGCCCUCUGCAGGCAGCUUUGCACCACGUGCACCCGUGUGCGGCCUGCAGCAUCAUCUACCAGGCAGAUGAGCAUCACCCACCCAUCCUGCCUGCCCAGCAGGAGCUUGGCACCCACCUGGGUGGGCAGUGGGCAAGCCAGGUAUGUGAGGAUCGCCCUGCCGUGCUCUUCCUCACGAGGUACCUUGUGUUCCACACCAGCAGCAAAACUUGGGAGGGCCACUACACACACUACUCUGACCCAGCCUGCAGGAGGCCCACCUUUCUGAUCCGUGCUUGGGGCCGCUACAGCGAGGGUGCCCCCGCCACACAGGUAAGAGGGGGCACCAACUUUGCCUUCACGACGAGGCGGGUGUGGGUGACGCCCCUGGAUGUGACCACAGCCCUGCUGUUGAACUCCUCCACCACAGGAUCCUGUGGCCAAGACGGAUCGUGGCUGCCAGGCCUGGAGCAGGACCUCAGCCACACCAAUGGCUGCCUGGCACUGGGCAUCCGGCUGCCUCACACUGAGUACGAGCUGGUCAGGAUUGAGUGGGACCAGGCAUCUCAGCGCCGCCUGCUGCUCCUCGGGCAGAGGCCUACAGACGGAAGCAGCCCCGACGCUCCAAGCAAGCGGGCCACCUCUUAUCAGACUCCACUCCUGCAGUGCUCCGAGGAGGCUGUAGGGAUCAGCAAGAGAUUGAAGCAGCACCAGCAGAAAGAGACCGAGAGCCAGGGAACAACAGCAUGGGAAGGUUCCCACCUGGCCAGACUGGCCUUACUGCUGGUUUUCACAGAACUGUUCCUGAACUAAACCAGCUCAGACACACAACGUAAAGUGAGGACUCCUCCUAAUGAUGUCCACUACAGACAAUCUACCUGACCCUCCUUCCGAACAUUUCUCAGUCUUUAAUCCCCCAGUGAGUAAACUGAAGAUUAAAUACUGGCAAAUUUCUGCAGACGGAGACAUUAUACUUGUUCCCGUUUAUAAAUGUCUCAUCUGUGAGAGUCCAGUCAGUUAAACUGAUUUCUGUUCUAUGAUACAGGAGAUAUGAUAUGUUCUAUGAUAUGUGCUAGAUAGUACUGAGUGACAUAAUCUAGAGGUGAUUUGAAUUUGAACAGUUUAUCUCUGCUUGGCACUUUCCUGUAAAAAUGAGGCUGACGUCAGAAAUUGAAGGCUACAAGGAUUAUAAUGUUAGGGCUCCACUUUUCUAGAAGCUUGCAUUGGUGUCAGAGCAGGCUGAGCCAAAGGGAUCAACAAUCACAAAUCUAGGAUCAGCACUAAAGCACAUCUCAGAGGAGGAGCUGAGAAAUUGGCAGAGACAGGUCACGCUAAGGUGGUGAAGGUGGGCAGGCUUGGUAAGGGAGAGACUUUGGGGUAUAGCUUCAGCUUUAUGCUGAGGUUUGGAAACAGUUUGGAUUGACCAGUAGACAGUGGGUGGCUGGAAGGUGAAAUUGGGGGCAUAAUAAAACCUGGCAGGGAUCAAAGACAUCUGAGCACAGGUAUUCAGAAGAUACUAUGGAGAAGAAACAUGCAGGUGAAGAAGAUAAGAUUGGGUGGUAUGGAAUUGUGGUAAGGGAUAGAUCCUUGAAGGAACUUCAGAAAGAUUAGUGUAGGCACAGAGCAGAGCCAUUGCAGUGGGUUGUGUGGGUGCAGUCAUGUGGUUAGGGGUGUGAACAAGGUGGAGGUAGUGACCAUGAGUUGGUCAAUGGAGGAGCGGAGUCAGCAGAGGAGGAUGGUGUGG